AUAUACAGUCUAUCCUCCCCAAAUACUGUCGCAUUAUGAUUCAUCUACGUCUCAAUAGCUCAACAACAUGCCGACUUCCUCGUUUUGUCCGCAAGAUGAUAAAAUGGAAGGUUGUCAGAAGGCAGUAGACUCCCGCUUUAGGAACUCAAAGUUUCUCUGGGAAGCUUUACAGGCUGCCAGGCUACCAGUGUUUACUAACGGCGGUAGAAUGCAUCCCGAUGGGAAUAAGAGGCUGGCUGUCUUGGGCGAUGUCGUACUAAAGCUAGUACUAGGAGGUACGUCGAGGCUGGUAUAGCGGCGACGAGACAAGAAGCUAGAUGAACGAUAUUGUAAGCUCUAUUGAAUUAAACGAGAAUCUAAAUACCGUAGGACACAGGCUAUGUCGUCUUGCCGAUUUCAUCAACAAAAACCCGUCUCAAGGUCACGCAGUUCCACGCAAAACGAUGGCGGAUACGGUAGAGGCGAUUUUGGGGGCUAUUUUUCUUGACAGCGACCUUGACAAUGUUGCCCGGGUUAUGCGCAACAUUGCUCUCACGGUCUGAAAGCUGCUAGGCGGGGUUUCGACUUCUCUCACAUCUAGUAUUAGUAUCGAGCUAUGGCAAUGACGGAACACAAGUCUCCAAUUUCGCC